ACUAUUUUUAGGUGGAUGAAUGAAAUUAUCAGGAAAUGCAUCAAAACAGGACUGCAAGUAAUAGAUUUACAUAAACCGUUAAAUGCAGAUGGAUCGAAAAUUUUGGGAGAUAAGCUAGAGAAAAAUUGGGAAGAGGAAAUAAUUCGAGCCAAAUCUGAGAAUUGUAAACCAAGUCUAUUGAGAGCUUUAUCGAAAACGUUUCUAUUGAUUUAUAUGUUAUGGGGUUCCUUAUUCUUCUUACAAUUUGGAAUACUCAGAUGCAUUCAACCGAUAAUUCUUUCCAUUCUGAUAUCACUUUUCACAGGGGUUAAAGAGGAAAAUACACAAUUGAAAAUGUACCUGUCUAGUGCAGCUUUGGUGGGUAGUACCACUUUUCUCACUUUCAUUAUGCAUCACACUAACUUUGGAUUGGCAACCGUCGGGAUGAGGAUCAGGGUAGCUGUGUCCUCAAUGGUUUACAGAAAGAUAACGAGACUGAAUAUAAAGUCACUAGGUGAGACAGAUUCAGGAAAACUAGUGAAUUUACUCUCCAAUGACGUCAGCCGAUUUGACUAUGUUGUUCUAUUAUUACAUGCUCUGUGGGUCUUACCCUUUCAAGUGACUUUAAUCACAUUUCUCCUUUGGCAGCAAGUUCAAAUUUCUGCCUUGGUAGGAAUAAUGACAAUGGCUGUUGUGGGUUUACCCCUUCAAGGAUAUUUGGGUGGAAAGGUAUCUGGGAAACUAAGAAAAUUCAUAGCAGAAAAAACGGAUUUCAGAGUCAAAGUAAUGAGUGAAGUGAUCAGUGGUAUUCAAGUCAUAAAAAUGUAUACUUGGGAGAAAUCAUUCAAAAAUAUUAUCAAAGCAGCAAGGUUAACGGAAAUUUCAGACAUUACGAAAAGUUCAUAUGUUCGGGGGAUGUUAUCAGGAUGUAUGGUUUUCCUCGACAAAUUGACACUAUUCAUGACCGUAAUAUGUUAUGUAUUGUUGGGUGAUAACACAUCGGCCAAUAGCAACGCAUCAACAGGAAAGGCAGACUACCUGAGUAAAUAUAAAUACAACCUACGAACUAGAAAUCACCAGUCAUUGGGAAAAAUCGAAGCUCAAGGAAAUUUUGAGGAUCUGUCAAAAAGUGAACUGGAUUUCACAAAAAUCUUAGGGGAUCACAAAGAAUCUGAUAAACCAGACGCUGAAACUACUGGAACACCUAACCUUCUGUCUAGGACAUCAUCUAUUCUUUCAUUGGCAAAAAGUCAAAUUUCCGAACAUGAUGACGAAAAUGAAUGUAACUUGGCUGAGGAAGAAGCCCGUGACCCUACAAUAUCUCCUAUCAAGGAAUAUAUAAAGGCUACGAAAACAACAUGUGGUGUGGCUACACUUAUCAUAAUGAUGGUAGUUGCUCAAGGACUUUGUGCUGGUGCUGAUUAUUGGGUGUCGUUCUGGACCGAUCAAGAACGAAUUAGGCAUUCAGAAUAUGCUCAUGUUGUCGACCCAACUACAGAGAACACAGUAGUGUACCACCUGAGAAAUGAAAGUACAUUUUCCUAUAACUACAAAUACGAAAUAGUGAAUAAUGACACGGAAUCGAGUAAUCCUUUUGAAUCAAUGUUCGAAUCUAUUGAAGAAAAUCACAUCAUUCAUAAACUACUAAAAACGAAUUAUGCUAUGUAUAUUUAUGGUUUUUUGAUCGUAUUUGCUGUAAUAUUGACUCUUACUCGUUCCUUCACCUUCAACAAAUUAUGCAUGUUAUCCUCCACACAUUUACACUCGAAUAUGUUCCACUCUCUCUUGAAUGCUCCUAUGAGGUUUUUUGAUACCACUCCGUCUGGAAGAAUAUUGAACCGGUUUUCCAAAGACAUGGGAGCCAUUGAUGAAACACUGCCCAGAGUUAUGUUGGAUGCAAUCCAG